AGUCGCUCCACAGACACCGCACCACACUCAGGCGUCACAACAACCGACCGUCACCCACCGGGACCGGCCGUUUGCUCGGUGACUGCCCGCUAUCAGUGGCCAGGGCUGCUGUCAGAGAGGGUCCGGUGGACAGAGCCAGAGCAGGGGACGGGGGGCCGCGGAUAGCACCGAGCAGCUCGCUGGUUCACAAGUCAACCCGGUAACCGUCUGUCCGCUCAAGAGACACCGAGGACCGCCGCGGAUGGAUCCGUUCUGCCGCUAACCUCGGCAGGCGGGCUACAUGCUAACAGGCUAACGUCCCCGUCCAGCAGCGCCCGCCAACCGUCACUACGAGUCCCGGUACUGUUGGUACGGGACGGUUAACGGCCACCAUGCUGUCGUUCCGGUAAACGGAACUACACCCUACAGUUGGCCGCCUGCUGUGGAGCUAACGGUUAGCUGCGGAACAUCUGGCCGCAGCUAACUCUGCGUACAGUGGCCGACGAUGGUCGCAGUGACGGCAGCUGCUCUGGAGGAACAGGCCGGCCCCGCUCCCCGCUUCUUCCGCCCCGCACGACCCACACAGACCCGCACAGCGUCCAUGUAAACCGGUGAACCGUGCGUGUCGGUCGGGCUGCGGCGCUAAGACCCCGCACACGUCGCAGCAGCGGCAUCAGCGGAAAACAUGCAGGCGGCGCAGCUGCAGUACGAUUUCUUCUGUGAGGACAACGCUCCGAAAUGGAGAGGCCUCCUGGUGCCGUCACUGGAGAAGGUACUGAACCAGGUGCAUCCUAACCUGGUGUCCCAGCAGGAGGCGCUGCAGUACAUCGAAGAGCUGAUCCUGCUUCUACUCAGUAUGUUGUGUCAGGCUCAACCCCGAAGUGUACAGGACGUUGAGGAGCGGGUUCAGAAGAGUUUUCCUCACCCCAUCGAUAAGUGGGCGAUCGCUGACGCUCAGGCCGCCAUCGAGAAGAGGAAGAGGAGGAACCCACUGGCCCUUCCUGUGGACAAGAUACACCCACUGCUCAAGGAGGUGCUAGGCUAUAAGAUUGACCACCAGGUGUCAGUGUACAUGGUGGCGGUGUUGGAGUACAUCUCUGCAGACAUCCUGAAGCUCGCAGGAAACUACGUCAGAAACAUCCGUCACUACGAGAUCUCACAGCAGGACAUCACUGUGGCCAUGUGUGCUGACAAGGUGUUGAUGGACAUGUUCCAUCAGGACGAGGAGGACAUCAGCGGUUUCCCUCUGAUGGACGAGGAGCCCUCAGCCAAUGAGGAGCAGAGUUACUACGAGCUGGUGAGAAGCUUCAUGUCUGAUGGUCGUCAAUACCUGAGACAACUGGAGCUUCUGAUCAAGGUGUUCAGAGAACCGUUCACCUCCAGCCCCAUGCUGUUCUCCCAGCACGACGUGGACAGUAUCUUCAGUCGGAUCGUAGAUAUACACGAGGUGACAGUGAAGCUGCUGGGUCUGAUCGAGGACACGGUGGAGAUGACCGAUGAUGGAAGUCCUCAUCCUCUGGUGGGAAGCUGCUUCGAGGACCUGGCUGAGGAAUUGGCCUUUGACCCCUAUGAGACGUACACUCAGGACAUCCUUCGUUCUGGUUUCCAUGAACACUUCCUCAGUCAGGUGUCCAAACCUGGAGCCGCCUUUCACCUGCAAUCCAUCUGUGAAGGUUUUAAAGAGGCUGUUCAGUAUGUUCUGCCCAGACUGCUGCUCACACCUGUUUACCACUGUCUGCACCUGUUUGAGAUCCUCAAGCAACUGGAGGAUAAGAGUGAGGAUGAGGAGGAUAAGGAAUGUUUGAAACAGGCCAUCACAGCCCUGCUCAACCUGCAGAGCAGCAUGGAGAGGAUCUGCUCCAGGAGUCUCGCCAAGAGGAGGCUCAGCGAGUCGGCGUGUCGUUUCUACAGCCAUCAGAUGAAGGGGAAGCACCUGGCCAUCAAGAAGAUGAACGAGAUCCAGAAGAACAUCGACGGCUGGGAGGGGAAGGACAUCGGACAGUGCUGCAAUGAGUUCAUUAUGGAAGGCACUCUGACGCGCGUUGGCGCCAAACAUGAGCGCCACAUCUUCCUCUUUGACGGACUGAUGAUCUGCUGCAAAUCCAACCACGGCCCGCCGCGGCUUCCCGGCGCGGGCUCCACAGCAGAGUACCGGCUCAAAGAGAAGUUCUUCAUGCGGAAAGUCCAGAUCAAUGACAAGGACGACAAGGAAGGCGAGUACCGGCAUGCCUUCGAGAUCAUCCUGAAGGACGGGAACAGUGUGGUGUUCGCAGCCAAGUCUGCCGAGGAGAAGAACGGCUGGAUGGCGGCGCUGAUCUCGCUGCAAUACCGCAGCACGCUAGAGCGCAUGCUGGACUCGGCCAUGCUGCAGGAAGAGAAGGAGGAGCAGAUGAGGCUGCCGGGGACGGAGGUGUACCGGUUCACAGAGCCGGACUCUGAGGAGAACGUUGUGUUUGAAGAGAAUGUCCAGUCUAAGUCAGGGAUCCCCAUCAUCAAAGCAGGGACGGUCCUGAAACUGAUCGAGAGACUCACCUUCCACAUGUACGCAGAUCCAAACUUUGUCCGAACAUUUCUGACCACCUACAGAUCUUUCUGUAAACCUCAGGAGCUGCUGGACCUGCUCAUCGAGAGGUUUGAGAUCCCGGAGCCAAAGCCAAAUGAGGAUCAGGUGGAGGGAGGAGAGCAGCCACUCAGUGCUGAACUCAAACGCUUCCGCAAAGAGUUUGUUCAACCGGUCCAGCUCAGAGUGCUGAAUGUGUGUCGUCACUGGGUGGAGCAUCACUUCUACGACUUUGAGAGAGAUUUUCACCUGCUGAGACGACUGGAGGACUUCAUUGCCUCAGUCAGAGGUAAGGCGAUGAGGAAGUGGGUGGAGUCGAUCACUAAGAUCAUUCAAAGGAAGAAGCAGAAGCAGCAGGUGCCAGUGAGUUUGUCCAGUCACAGCAUCACCUUCCAGAACUCCCCUCCCCCCAUCGAGUGGCACAUCUGUAAACCAGGAAACACCGAGCAGUUCGACCUCAUGACGCUGCAUCCCAUCGAGAUCGCACGGCAACUCACUCUGCUUGAGUCCGACUUCUACAGGGCGGUGCAGCCGUCGGAGCUGGUCGGAAGCGUCUGGACCAAAGAGGACAAAGAGAUUCACUCCCCAAAUCUAUUGAGGAUGAUUCGACACACCACAAACCUCACGCUGUGGUUUGAAAAGUGUAUCGUAGAAACAGAGAACCUGGAGGAACGAGUGGCUGUCGUUUCUCGGAUCAUUGAGAUCCUUCAGGUUUUUCAGGAACUCAACAACUUCAACGGCGUUCUUGAGGUCGUCAGCGCCAUGAACUCCUCUCCUGUCUACAGACUGGACCACACUUUUGAGCAAAUCCCGAGUCGACAGAGAAAAAUCCUGGAGGAAGCUCAUGAGCUGAGUGAAGAUCACUACAAGAAAUAUUUAGCCAAACUGCGCUCGAUCAACCCCCCCUGUGUCCCUUUCUUUGGAAUCUACCUGACCAACAUCCUGAAGACAGAGGAGGGAAACCCUGACUUCUUGCGGAGACACGGCAAAGACCUGAUCAACUUCAGUAAGAGACGGAAAGUGGCUGAAAUCACUGGCGAGAUCCAACAGUACCAGAACCAGCCGUACUGUCUGAGGGGGGAGAACGACAUCAGGAAGUUCUUCGAGAACCUGAACCCGAUGGAGGACAUGUCGGAGAAGGACUUUGCUGAUCAUCUGUUCAACAAAUCUCUGGAGAUUGAACCUCGGAACGCCCGAUCGUUGCCUCGGUUUGUGAAGAAGUACACCUCUCCUCUGAAGUCUCCGGGGAUCCGUCCCACCUCGGCCAGGCCCGGCACCAUGCGACACCCGACGCCGCUGCAGAACGAGCCCAGGAAGAUCAGCUAUAGCCGCAUCCCUGACACCGAGGCCGAGGGGGGAGCGGUCUCCGCCCCCAACUCCCCCCGCACCCCCCUGACUCCGCCCCCUGCCUCUGCCGCCUCCAGCUCCACUGACGUAGGCAGCGUCUUUGAUUCGCCACAGGGUCCCAGUAGCCCCUUCCACUCUAACUGCGACAGUAUCUUUGCUGUGUUCUCUCUGCCUCAUGGCCCACGGUCGUCUUCCGUCUCCUCCAUGGUGAGUUUCAGUCGGGGAUCAGAAGACGCUCCUGUCCCUCCUCCUGUUCCUCCUCGGAGACGACCAGAGUCAGCGCCUGCUGAGUCCUCCCCCUCCAAGAUGAUGUCAAAGUUGGACAGCCCCCCCGCCGUCCCCCCUCGUCAGCCCACCUGUAAGCUCCUCCCCCCUCGUUACUCCUCGUCGUUGUCCUCGUCGUCUCCCCCCGACAGCCCCCCCUCGCUGCCUCCACGAGAGCCCCUCAGUUCUCCUCUGCACCUCCUCCCCCCACCUCAGGGUCGCCCCCGCUGUGACUUGCUUCCUCAGGCCUUCUUCCCCUCCACCACCAGCUCUUCACCCUCCAUCAGCUCUGCCCCCACUGUCUCCUCACCCCCCCUCCCUCCGCCCACCCCUGUCAGCCCUAGCCCCGCCUCCAGGAAGAUGCCUCUCCCCUCCCCACCCCUCGUCCCCUUGGACGGCCCCCCUGUGCCCCCCCGACACAGUGUCCCCAAACUCCCUCCCAAGACCUACAAGAGGGAGUCUCUGAGCCAUGCCCCCUUGCUGGACACGCCCCCUGCACUGUGAUUGGACAGUCUGGACCUACUAAAUUGGGCGGGGCAGAUGAUUGGACAGCAAUUGGAGGGGUUGAGCUAGAUUAGCUAACACUACAGCUAAUUGGAUCAGAACGGAUAAUGGUUUUCAAGAUAGAAUAAAAGACAGAUGACUGCUCUUAUUCUGAAAAAUCCAGGAGAACGUCUGGAGAACAUUGGAGAACAUUCUUCUGUCUGUGGUCAGAUGUUCAUUUCUGUUUCUUGUCUGGGACCUGGUGUUGACCAGACUCAUGCAGAGAGGAUUGUGGGUAAUGUAGUCCUGCACAAACUGACAUUGCCUUCAGGUACUGGAUCAGAACCACAGAGGUUCUGGUGGAACUUUUAGUCUGAAUGUUGAUGAUGUAACGUGAUGAUGCUUCUUUAAAACAAGGGAAUAAACGACAGAACACGUUUUUA